ACUGUCUCAUUUUGAUCGUGUUUACACUGUACAUAAACAGCCAACACGGCGUGGCUUUCCGACUUUCAGAACUCUGGGACUUCAUGUUGCUUCGACCUUCGGACUUGUGUACACGGACCAAAACGACAACAUUCUGAUGAUAUGGAUAAUUUAUGGUACACGCUGAUAAUUGGAUGGGAAGCAUAACAUUCUACGGCUCUGCUCCCAGGGGUCUAAUACCCUCAUCAUGACUACACUCCCUACCCCUAGGACCAUCCUCACAUCCCUCAUCAACUCCAUCGGAACCUCCUCAGUAUCCGAAGAAGAGGUUUCUACAGAUCAACACACCAGUCAAUCCCUCCCAAAACUCUUUCGUCCUUCUCACAGGGCUCUUCUCACAACCCUCCACGUCCUCUUCCCAACCCUGCUCCUCCCGGCCCUGGACCUCCUCGACCACUCCCUCGUCACCAGGAUCAUCCCCCAGGAACCCAGCUCCGCCGUCCACACAACCCCUACCGAUAUCAAGACUGCCAACCCAACCCCAAGCUCACCCGAAAAGCCGCAGGCGGCAUUCUACCUAGUUCGCUCCGCAGCCUCAGUCCACCCCAGGCGAAACGCGCACCGCCACCCUCACCCCGCCGUGACGACCCCAUACCUCGUCCGUCUCGACGCCUGGAACUGCUCCUGCGCCAACUUUGCCUUCGACGCCUUUCCCGCUUCCGCUUCCGCUUCCGCUUCCGCGCCCGUUCCGGAUGAAAUCCUACCGCCUACGUGGUCUGACGUCGCAGGGUCAGGGGUCCGGCAGCCCACUGAAGGCGGGACUGACGGGGAGUGGUCGUUUGGCGGGAUGGCCUUGGACCCUCCGGGUGGCCGCCCCGACGAUGUCCCGUGUUGUAAGCAUUUGCUUGCCUGUCUUCUCGCCGAGCGGUGCGGGGACGUGAUGGGGAGGUAUGCCGUGGAGAGGCGGGCUGGUAGGGAGGAGAUGGCCGGGCUAGUCGCGGCGACGUAAAGAAGGGGACGUCGUUUUAAAAGGAGUUCCGGGGGUCGAUUUAUUAUAAUAACGCUCUCGGUCACGGACUAGAGUCGGCAACUAGGGGCACUCUAAACUGGAUGAGGGCAUGAUGGACUUUUCGCUGGGCUUGAAACAUAUGACCCGACAACUGCUUUGUUAGAGAACAAUGCUAUUCACUUGUACAGGGCAUGUGUGGUCGGUGCAGCUUAGGAAGGCUUGCCCGCG